AUGUCAGCCCAACAGGAACAGGAACGGCAACGGCAACAGGACCAUGUCAGUGACUCCUCCUCGUCCUCCUCUAUAUCAGAUCCUCUCGACACCAGGGACGAUGACGGGUGGGAGGACUUGGAGCCAGAUGAGGAGUCUAUCUCGGUCUUGUCGCUGUUUGACAAGCAAAUCUUCCCCGAUGCUAAGAGCAUGCUGUCUUAUUGCCGAGAGCACCAUGGCUUCGAUAUCUGGAAACUAAGGCAAGACUUUGAUCUUGAUUUCCUCGGACUCAUCAAACUCGUCAACUACAUCCGAUCGGAAGUCCAGGCUGGCAACCCCCAGCCCGACGUCUCGUCCAGUUCAAAGUUUGAUGACGACAAAUAUCUCAAGCCGGCUCUGGACAACGAUGCGCUGCUGUACAGUCUGGACGAUGUGUUUGAGGAGGCUGGCAGCGUCGGACCGUCCAGCGAAGUCGACCAGCUUCGAGAACAGCUGGCCAAUUUGCAGUCGCACUUCACCGCGUACAGGGAAGAAGUGCAAAAGGCGAUGCUGGAACGACUCGACUCGUCAGAUGUGACCACAGAACCGAACAGCGUGCGACCGAGCCAACCGAAACUCUCGAGCAAUCUGGUGGGAGGGUCUUUGGACAACGACUAUUUCAAGUCGUAUUCGUACAACGGGAUUCACGAAGCCAUGAUCAAAGACCGGAUCCGAACUGACGCAUACCGCGACUUCAUCUACGACCACAAAGACCUGUUCAAAGACAAGGUGGUGCUCGAUGUCGGCUGCGGAACCGGGAUCUUGUCCAUGUUCUGCGCCAAGGCCGGGGCCAAAUUGGUCAUUGCGGUGGACAAUUCGGACAUCAUCGACAAAGCACGCGAGCAUGUGUUCCAGAACGGGCUGCAAUCGACGGUCAAGUGUCUGCGAGGAAAGAUCGAAGAAGUCACCCUACCCGUGCCCCAAGUGGACCUGAUCGUGAGCGAGUGGAUGGGAUACGGCCUGCUGUACGAAUCCAUGCUUGACUCGGUCAUCUACGCGCGGGACAAGUACCUGGCCCCUGACGGGCUGAUGGUUCCGUCUCAUGCGACGCUGCGGAUCGUGCCACUCGCCGACUCGGACCUCAAAGCGUCGCACAUCGAUUUCUGGCGCGACGUCUACGGCUUCGACAUGACGGCCAUGCUGGAGCGGGCGCAUGAAGAAGUGGUGGUUCGCGUGGCAGACGAGAAGGAGCUUGCUGCCGAGAGCUGCGUGUUCCUGGAACUCGACCUACAUACGACCAAGGUGGAGGACUUGACAUUCACCCAGCCGUUUACGACGACGUGGAAGGAAGGGUUUCGAGUGCUCGAGGGAUUCGUGGUGUGGUUCGACAUCAUCUUCGGCCAGUCUCGAACCGAGGCGGAGGCGGGCUUCAAACCAGGCAUGACGGCCGCCGAAGCCAAACAGAAGGGUCUCGUGGCCUUCUCGACAGGGCCGUAUUCCGAAGCCACGCACUGGCAGCAGGUGAUCAUGCUGAUCAAGGAUCCAAAGGAUGAGUUCCGCGCGGGUGAAGACCUGUCGGGCGAGGUCAAGUACGUGAGGAAGCAAGGGCAAGAACGGUCGUUGGAGAUUGAGGUGUCGUGGGCCAAUGCACAAGGAAGUGGAAAGCAAGAGGUCAAGAGGCAGAUGUGGGUACUUGAUUGA